UGCACUCACCAUUAAAAUAAUACUUAGUGAAGAAACGUUGACCCUUAAAACCUACGGCUGCCUAACGCAUAAUGCCUCACAUGCCUUUUACUUCCCCUCCUCCACUUCCAUGCUUUUCCCACGGCGUUGCUGUUGCUGCUAUUGUCAACUUUUUUUACUUAUUAUAGACUUUUAUUCCGUUAAAGCUCCACAAAAUCAUGAAAUCUCCAACCCCUUCUUUUCACAAACAACAAUGAAGAACUUCUUUCAAUCAUUUCUCUUCCCAUAUCUCCACAACAAGAAGGCAAAGCUACUUGGGUUGUGGUUGAUUUGGGUAUGGGGAUUUAUCUUGAUUGGUGUCUCCUUUUAUGCUACUCAACUUAUGCCAUUGCCAUCUUAUUUUAAAGGUCAGACCAUGCUUUUCAAUGGUGAAUUGGUGGAUGGUCCUAGUAUUACCUUAUUUACAGCGCCAAGGCCUUUUGUGGGUACUGUUGGGGAAAGGCAAGCUCUUGCUAUUCGAUCUUGGCUUGGCUUGUCACCAGAUAUUAGUGUUGUUCUUUUCAGCCAAGACUCUUCCGUUUUCUCCUUUGCUGAAUUAUUAAGCCACAGGGUAUCAGUUGAGCCAAACAUCGAUUUCACGUUCCUAGGCACACCAUUUUUUCAUUCCAUGGUUGCAAGGUCAAAAGCAUCUUCUUCAGAUGUUUCUGUUGUGAUUGAUCCAAACACUGUACUCUUGCCAGACUUCAUUAAAACUAUCAGACAUGCUCAUAGACUUGAUCAUGAUUGGCUCCUUUUUUCUUCAUCAAAAAGUGUGCCCCACUUCCCAUUUCACUUGGAUGCAGAUGGAAAACAUUGGCUCCGAGAUGAUGGAAGCCGAGUGAAGACCCAAAAGUUGCAGGAUUUCCUUUCACAAGAAAGGAAAUGGAACCUUUGUGAGGAAAAUAUGCUAAUAGCAUGGAACAGUGGAGAUCUUCCCUUGCAUAAAGGAGUCCUUCCCCCUUUUCUAUAUGGGAAGGGGCAUCAUAAUCGCUGGCUUAUAAAUGAAGCUCUGCUAUCUGAUUUCAGAUUUGUUUUUGAUGCUAGUUGGGCCAUUUCCAAUCUGUACCUUAAUGACCUUGGCCAGGAUUUCGAUCGCACCAGUGGCGAUUUUCUUGGACUGGCUACUGGAAAAAGGUUUUGGGAAGUCGCUGGCAACUCCAAUUUGGCAAUGCUUUAUGGAUCAUUAUAUUUCCAUGAACAGAACUUCUCUAACAUAUUUAGACUUUUUCAGUGUGGAGGAUACUAUCUCUUCAUAAACUCCGCACAAAUGGUUGUUUACCCUUUGAGGUAUAAAGGAUCAUUGAGUUUAAGAAAAGAAGUUAUGUUCAAGUCAACAAGAGAGAAGAAUACUUUAGAAUGCAUUGAUACUAUCAGAUCAACUGAGGGAGCUAAUGACUGCUCUGUGAAGAACUACUUGAAUGUGUCAAUGCCAAUUUCGCUUUCCUUGUCUUUAGAAAUAUUACUCUCACUUCGUGCAGACAAAAAUAAGACAGUUGUGCUAGCAGUUGUUGGGUAUAGUUACAAGGACAUGCUAAUGAGUUGGGUCUGCAAGCUACACCAUCUCCAGAUCUCUAACUUUUUGGUCUGUGCUCUUGACGAUGAUAUAUAUGAGUUCUGUGUCUUGCAGGGCCUACCCGUCUUCAAGUAUGCCAAUCUUGAAACCAAGAUCAGCUUUGACAACUGUCAUUUUGGCACUGAGUGCUUUCAGAAAGUAACCAAAGUCAAGUCCAGAAUGGUUCUGCAGAUACUGAAGCUUGGUUACAAUGUAUUAAUGAGUGAUGUUGAUAUUUAUUGGUUCAAGAAUCCACUCCCCUUGCUUAGCUCGUUUGGCCCUGCAGUUCUUGUGGCACAAUCAGAUGAAUACAAGUUGACAGGACCUAUAAACUUACCUCGACGUCUGAAUUCUGGGUUCUAUUAUGCUCAUUCGGAUGCUAUGACUAUUGCUGCACUUGAGAAGGUUGUGGAGCAUGCAGCAAACUCAAAUCUCUCUGAGCAACCAAGCUUCUAUGAUACGUUGUGCGGGGAAGGUGGAUAUAAUCGCAUAGAUGACAGCAGAUGCUUAGAACCUCAAACAAACCUGACCGUUCAAUUCCUGGACAGAGACCUCUUUCCGAAUGGUGCAUUUAAAGAUCUUUGGCAGGAAAGAAAUGUGAAGGAAGCCUGCUUGAUAAAAGGUUGUUUUAUCAUUCAUAACAACUGGAUUAGUGGGAGAAGGAAAAAGCUAGAACGUCAAGUGCCAUCAGGGCUCUGGGAGUACGAUAUGAGCACAAGGAUGUGUUUGCAGACGUGGCACAAAACAAAAUUUGUAUAUUUUUGAAACAACAAAAACUUGGAUGCUUUAUCAUGGAAGACUUUGGUUUUGCCGGUUGAGGAGAAUACAAAGAGAUUUUAUUGUUGGGGGAUAUAAUUUUCUAUUUGGCCUUUGGAGUUAUCACUUAAUUCAUUUAAGAUAAUGUUAAAGCUCAUAAUGGCUGGCCUAGAGAAACAAAAUAUGUUAUUAUGCUGGAGACCUUGUUUAUAUAGAGAUAUCUGACAGCAACUACACUCCUAGUUUUCUGUUUCUGAUCCAUGAUGCUGGUAAUUGUUGUAGCGGCCUUCUAAUUGCUGGAAAUGCUGAAGCUUUGUGGUAACAAGUCAGGAAGAGGCCAGAAUACUGACAGAGAAUCUGAAAAAAGGAAAAAGUUGAAGGUAACUGAUUCUUUUAGCCUGAGUUUGCAACUUAAGGAUAUCACAGUGCGGAUAGUUCAUCCUGGUGGGAAGGUAGAUAUGUACGACUGUGCCAUUUCUGCAGCUCAGUUAUUAAAGAACUAUCCAGGAAGGCAUGUAGCUCUGCCGGACUUCUUCAAUCGUCCCCAUGAAUCUCUUCUCACUGCAGAUGAUAUUCUAUUGCCAGGGCAAAAAUACUUAGUAAUCCCAUCUAGUAGUGUAGAGAAACUGAAGCACAGACACACUCAUAAAGCAAAACAUCCCACUGAAAUCGAGGAGCCUAAGUUUGACGGGGAAGAAGUUGUGAAUGUAAACGAAGAUUGUUCAGAGGACUCUAUAAGUCUCGCAAAGCACUUUUAUGCCUCCAAAGAGAGAUGGUCUGGUUGGUUAUGGAAGAAAAUGCAGCAGGAGAAGAAGCCAUUUAUACCUCCUAUCCCGACACUGAAAUCAUGGAGGGAUUCGAGAUGGGAACCUAAUCUAGAGUCAAUAGAGGAGAUUUCUCCAUGAGUAUCCCUUUCACCUGAUUCUCAACCCGUUUUAACUAGUACCAAAUACAUCUGGUAUGUCAAUUUUCUUAUGCUGUUUUAACUGCAAUGGUCUAUCUUUUGCUAAGGGGAGAUCAUGGUCUUUUUGUAUCAGUUUUGCAAGAUUUGUGUUCUAUUUUCGUUCUUAUCUCUCAAUUCUUAUGAGUCAUUAUUUGUAUUGGUUACAAAUGUUACCUGCUGGAAAACAGCUGGACAGACAAGGAAGGAGAAACCUCUGUACCAUGUAAUAUUCUGCUAUUAUAUACCACAUAAACAUUCACAGCUCUGAAUAUCCAAGAAAUAAAAGGAUCUUUAUUUUUUAUAA